CCCGGCCGGGGACAUGGAGCCGCCCGGGCAGCACGGCCCAGAGCCCGGCUGGGGGAACGGGGUGACCAGAGGACAAACACGUCCCUGCUCCCGGCUGGGAUCACUCUGCUGGCUGAGCUGUCUUUCUGGGAGCCGCUUGCUGCUCCGGGCAUCUUCACGGGUGUUGGAGCAGAGCGAGGGAAGUGUCGGAGAGGGAUAUUUUUAGAUGCUCUUUGUGCUCAGAGAGCAAAACCAGGCUGUGGUUUAACGGCCAUUAGCUGCUGGGCACGUCUGAAGAGCUGAAGGAGGGCUGAGGAUUCAGGGACGCGUUUUGACACUAUGGGAUGGAGCAGCUUUGCAGACACGACGGCGAUUUCUGUCCUGAGCAUGGAAGCGAAGAUCCCAAGAGGAGCCUGGAUGUGGGCAGUGCAGCCCGUUUAGCUGCCACGCGGGGCCAGGGCGGCUGAUCCCCAAAAAGGACGUGUUCUCGUUGUUUGUGGGGUGACGUUUGCUCCAAUGGCUGCGGAAGAAGUGCGGGGAAAGAGCGGACAAGAGAUCCGCAUGCCAGACCAUAGCCACCCCAGCCAUGGGGAGACGGACCCCCAGCACGGCAUUACUGUGGUCUUCCUCCUUGUCCUUGUCUUCUUCGUCAUGGGGCUGGUGGGGUUCCUGAUCUGCCAUGUCCUGAAGAAGAAGGGUUACCGGUGCCGGACUUUCCGGGACGAGCUUGACCCAGAUGACAAAGAUGAGGCGGAGCAGCUCCAGGACGAUGAGGACGAGAAGAACGACGACACCGUGGAGAAGAUCGUGAGGUGCAUCAUCCAAAACGAAGCCAAUGUGGAGGCCCUCAAGGAGAUGUUGGGGGAAAAUGAAGGGGACGUGCCAGUGCCGGUGCCCAGCCUCUGUCCCCACAGCAGCAGCCAGGACGGGGGCCCGCCCCAUCACCACACGGUGCACCUGGGCUCCACGCAGGCCCCCUGCAUCCACUGCAGCAGGAGGAAGAGGCACCCGCUGCAGCGCCAGGGCCGGUCCAAGGAGGGCAAAAGCAGGAUGCAUCCCGGAGAGACCACCGUCUUCUCAGUGGGCAGGUUCCGUGUCACGCACAUCGGGAAGAAGCCGCCCGUCCAGGACGGUGCCCUGCCCGCCGGCAGCCGGCAGGCGAGCACGGAGGAGCUGGAGCGCAGCAGCGAGAGGCUCCAGCGGGAGCGGGCUCUCAACGGGACUGUCCCCACGGGCGGCCUGCAGAACGGAGCCAUCCACACGGGCACCCAGAGCGCCAGAAGCGCCGAGCAGAGCCUGUCCGCCAGCCCAGCCGCGAACACACCAGCCAGCUCCGGCACCCGUGACAGCCGGCGGGACGGCGGGGGCUCCGGCCCGGUGGGCUCCGGCCCGGUGGGCUCCAGCACGGCGGGGUCCCUGCAGGAUGCUGGCUCUGCUCCCGGGAGCUCCAGCCGCCAGCGGAGGCUCAUGAGCUUGCCGGCGCUGGGAGCAUCGAGUCCCAACAUCCCAGGGGAGCUGGCAAGGGAAGGAGCCGGCGUCUGCCUGGAGGAGGUCGGACUGGAGUCGGCGGAUGAAGUGUCGGAUAUUCACGGGAGCCUGAGUCUGCAGGAACAGGCCGAUGAGCUGGGGAGAGACGACAGCAGCAGGAAAGAGCCCGGAGGCGAGGACGGGAGGCAGCAGGAGCCCAGCGCCGCGGAGCAGGACCGCGUGUGACCUCCUCUCCGCUCCCGGCUGGAGCGCGGACGGGAGGCGCGCAGCCCCCGGGGCCCUCGGGGCUGGGGGCUGUGCCGUGGGGCAGCCGUCCCCGGGUGGGCAGCUACGCGCUUGGCAUGGCCGGAGCGACGCGCCGGCGUCACCGACAACCGCGCUCGGCGCCAGCCUUCAUCCCAUUGGCAAUAGGUACCCGAGUCCCACCCGCCGCAGCCUCCCCGGAGAGCCCCCGAGGGACCCUCGGGCCUGGCAGGGGCAGGACAGCGCC